ACACUCGUCACGUUACACGUCACAGCAAUAUACGUGUAUCGGUACAUGAUCAGUGACUAUAUUAUCGUUUCGUUUUAAAAAAAUAACAUUAGAUGCGAGAAGAUGGUACUUAUGACAACAAUAGCAAGGGUGGCAGAUGCUCUACCCCUAGCUGCUUCCAUGCAAGAAGAUGAAACGGCCGGAAGGAGUUUGAUGGAUUACCAGACGCAGUCUAAACAGUUAUUCAAGAAAAUAAUGUCAGACCCCCAACCUCCAGCUAGAUGCAGUCUGGAGACAGGACCAUUUAUAUUCCACUACCUGAUUGAAAGAGGAGUGUGUUUUCUCAUUCUGUGUGAAAAAACAUUUUCGAAAAGACUUGCGUUUUCCUACUUAGAGGAUCUACAAACAGAGUUUAAUUCGCACUAUGGUAAAAGAGUCGAAACUGUUUCCAGGCCUUACAGCUUUAUUGAAUUUGAUACUUACAUACAGAAAGCUAGAAAAUCAUACAUGGACUCAAGAGCAAGAAAAAACCUUUCUUCAAUUAACACAGAGUUACAAGAUGUUCACAGAAUCAUGGUCCAAAAUAUUGAUGACGUUCUUGGUCGUGGAGAGAAGCUGUCAGAAUUGGAUUCAAAAGCCAGCGAUUUAUCAGAUAUGUCAAAGACCUACAGAAAAGAUGCUCACAAUCUGAAUUUGCGGUCGUCAUAUGCAAAGAUAGGAGCAGUACUAAUUAUAGUGAUUGUGUUCUUAUUAUUCCUGCGGUAUUGGUGGUGGUGAAGGAGGACGUCCAGGCUAGUGCAAUCUGUGAAACAUGACAUGAACCUUUCAAAGACUCUUGCAUUUCCUUUCUCCCUGGGAAUAAGGGUACAGCAAGAGCUCUGGAUGCCGUGGCUGUGUUCCGUUUGAUGUGUGAUCAAAUGACUGAGAUAAACAGGCUCUUGAUUUCCACAUCAGCAACAGAAUGACACCAAUCAAGUGACUUCCAGGUUAAACCAAUAUCUUUGCUGAUCUAUAAAUCGAACAGGGCCAAUGGAGCUAACCGAUAUGUCAUGAGGAAAAGCUGUCAAUAGAUUAGUCACAUCUCAGUGACCAAUGUAUUGUUGAAACAUCUUCUUUAUACAAGGCCAAUGAGUUACCCUACAAAUUGCCAACUUUUGUCUCUCAACCAUUUUACUGCUUUUAAUUUUUCCCUAAGUAGAAUUGAACCAUCAAAUCUUGCAAAAUUUCCUUCUUUGGUUCUCUAUUCAUUUCCUAUAGAGAAUGUACGGAUGUUGUAUGAAAUAUGACACCUGAUAAAUGCUUUUUGUUCCAGUCUGUGCCAUUGCUGUCAGAUGAUAUCUAAAUUUCUGAUACGUCCUGCAUGUCAUUGAUUAAAGUGAUGAAUAAAUAUGGCUGAAACAUGUUAGCUUAAGUCAUAGAUAUUGUUUGUACAUCGAAACGUGAUCAAUAAAUUAUUAAAUAACAUAUAACACUACGUAGUUCCAUGGACCUAACACAUUGUUCUCAUGGUAUAUUAUAUUAUGUAUGAAACUAAUAUCGUUCAAGUUUGCAAACAAACAUAUAUUCACCCAACUGAAAUGUCUACAUGUAUAUGGUAAAUUGCAGAAUGUACAAUUUUAAGAUCAGUAAUUUUUGGGAGUCGGAUAUAUGAGUCUUGGGCUCGUGCAUUCCAUGUGAGACUAAUCAGUAUUUUGAAAGCCCACUAUAAUGGUACUCAUAAACAUUUGAAAAAAAUGUUCAGGACUUGCCUGGGGAAAAAAAACUCACUUGAAAUUCUACUUUUCAACGAUAUGUGUGGAGUGUUGCUUUUUAACAUUAUUUCUGAUCCUGCAAUUAUUUCUGAAUUACUUAAAAAUGUAGAAUUAUUUAUGUAUACAAGUUAACCAUAAAUUUGUAUGAAACCUUCGUGGAUGACACUGGUUGUGUUUGUAUCCUAAACUUAAGUGUAUACAUGUUUAUAUAUUCUCCGUUGGUAAAUGAUGUUAUCUAGUCUUUAAUGAGUCUCCAGCUGCCUGAAUCAUGCUGUACACUUUGUUUCUUCAUGUCUUAGCUGUAGCCAUAUUAAUAGGCAGGUGAUUCUAUAUAAAGCUAUUAGUAAUUUACAACAGAUAUGAUUAUUGCUAUGAUUUAAGGUUAAACAGAUUCAUAAACAGUAUUACCACAGCUAAAAUUUCAUCUGAACGCUAUACAAUGUAUUGAUGUGGAUACUACAAUCCAGUAUUAUAAUCUCUUGAUAUUUCAGAAUUUCAUUAUUAUUCAUGUGUAUUUUUGCCAGCCACAAUUUUAUGACAUACACUCCCUUUUACUAAAUGUAUACAGUAAUCUAUUUGAGAUCAGAAAAGAGCUGAAAAACAAACUCUAUCGAUCUGACAUCCCAGAAAAGGUUGCAAGUAGACAAGAUAAUUGUCUGGAGUUUAACAUGGUUAAUUUUGCCUUUUUCACCCUCUAUAAUGAGUGCAAAUUUGUCAUGACAGCUAAUAUUUGUACACAGUAUACAAGAUAUAGUUUUUAUAUGUGAAUGGCAAAUUUCACACCUGGCAAAAGGUGGAUUUUUACUGGUGAAAGGUGAAUUUUGGAGUAGGCAAAAGUUUCAUGGUAUACACUAUACAUCUACCAGCUUAAAACAAUUACAUUUGGUUUGAAGAAAAGGCAAAUCAUAUAAAGUCUGUUUGAAUAAAUGUGGUAUUAAUACCUUAACAGCUCAAUACUGGAAAAGUGUAUUUAGUUCUGUCAUCUAGUUUUACAGAAAAUCCUACGAUUCAAUUGACUGUAAGCAUAAUAUCAGAUGAUUUAUAGGUUUCUGUUUAAAAUAUAAAAAAAACAUUAAACGGAAAAUGUCCUUUGUUUCUGUUUGUUUUUUUGUUUGUUGGUCUUUCGCGGUCGUUGUUCAUACUGAAUACAGUAUUCUGGUCAUAUUUUUCCAAAUACGGGCAUAUAUUUGUAGCAGCCGGGGUUGAUAAGUGGUAAUGGCAUUUAAAACUCUUGAUAGAUAGAUAAUUGUAUUGAAGUUUGUUGAAAUGUUUUGAUGUGUUACACAAUAGAUCAGUCGUGGACUCCUGAUAGUUUAAAAGAUAGCACUCAAUGUUAAAAGAUAUUGUUAAGUGAAGUGUUCAGUCUAACUGUAUCUUUUCUGAGAAAACUACAUUCAGUUCAAGCAAUAGUUAUCUGUAGAUGUUAAUUAUUUCAAAAUUUAGAUAUUCUUGUACAAUUUACUUAAUGACAAAAUAAUGAAAAUGUGUCAUUUUUAAGACUUUAAAAAGAGAAUGUAUUCCAAUUAUUUUGUCAUUUCAGUCAAAUGAUCUGUUAAGUAUGGGAAGUCUCUUGCAUAAAUACACAGGUAGAAAUUAAAUGGAUUGUUGAUAUCCCAAAGAUUGAAACUUAUCUUACCUUGAAAUUACAUUGUAAUGCAGUUCAUGGUUUUAGCCGAUCAAACAAUGUACAAAUAAUUUAUCGUAACCAUGCAUGUGUAUAACUGAAUGAUUGUGUAUGUUGAUGAAGAAAUAUAUAUUUAUUUCAAACAAUAAAAAUGCAUUAUAAAAUCUUU